GCAGUUCAGUUCCUGCUCACCUCAAAAUCCCAAGACAGUUGAACUUUAGUUUAUAAAUAUAAUACGGUAUACCGGUACGUACCGGUACGUUAGGCUCUGCGUCUGCAGUUAAAUUCAGCUCAAUUAGCCGGCCACAUUUUUCAGAAAGAAAGGGAUGGAUAAUUUAUGAGGCAGCUGAUCUUGAUAUAUUGCAGAGACCAAUCCAUACCUAGAAUGCUAUUCGCUUGUCAGAGGCAGGUGGUGGCUCAGCUAGCUCAGCGGCGCUAGCUAGCCCGCCCGUCGCGCCCGGGCCCCGGCGCGGCCGACGAUCGACUUACCGCAUGUACUUGUGUAACGUGUUUGGCCUGGAAAUUCUAGUCUCCUUCAAGAAAAUUAUAUAAUAAAAGUCUAGGUGAUCUAAAAAAAAACCCAAAAAAUUCAUGAUUCGUCUGAUAAUCAUUUUAUACAAAUUAAAAAAAAAUAAUUCACUCUUUAGAUGGGUUUUUAUCGACCAGACUACAUUUCAUUUUAAUUAAAUUAGUUUAAGUGUCUUGGAAUUAGCUAAGAAAAUUGAGCGAGCGUGAGAGUCGCGACGGAAGCGCGGAAACGGGUUGCAAUUUUACAUGAUUUUAAAGCUUCAGCAAGCUUUUAUCGAUUUAGUUCCUGGUUGCUUCCAACAUGGCCUACAACUUGAGGCCCAGGUCUGGCGUCCAAGUAGAGACCCUGGGCCCGAUGGACAGAGAGGAAUCUGCCAAGACUUCAGUGAAAGAGAAGAAGGCCUGGUCUGAUCCUAGUCUCCUUAUCCUGUUGGUGCUCUUUCGAUGGUUGAAUGCAGGCUUGGUCCAGACCUCAUUUGUUCCUGAUGAAUAUUGGCAAUCUCUUGAAGUGGCCCACAAGGUUGUCUUUGGAAAUGGAUAUCUAACAUGGGAAUGGCGAACCGGUCUAAGGGGCUAUGCCUAUCCUACCAUCUUUGUGAUUCUCUACAAGAUACUUGCUAUCCUGAAGCUAGACUUUCCAGUGGUAUUGAUUCUAGCUCCUUGUGUAUUACAAGCUACUCUGUCAGCUAUAGGGGAUUUCUGCCUGUACAAGACAUCAGUCAUCCUUCAUGGAAAAGACGUUGCAAGGUGGACACUUCUAAUGAAUUUGUCUUCCUGGUUUGUGUUUUACAAUGCAACUCGUACAUUAACCAAUACAAUGGAAAGCAUCCUGACCUCGGUAGGCCUAUUCUUCUUUCCUUGGCCUAGGGAUUGGUUGCAUGAUGACAAUGAAAAACAAGAAAGGAACCCACAGGUGUAUAUUAUGGUUGUUGCCUUGGCUUGUCUGGUGCGACCGACCGCUGCUAUUCUUUGGUUUCCUCUGUGUCUAUGGCAUAUCAACUUCAGCCGUGUAUCAAUGGACAGUUUAGGAUUCACAAGUUUUCAUCUUAUCAGCAUAAUUGUUGCUGCUCUGGAGUUCAUUAGAGUCGCAUUGACACUGUUCCUUCCGGUAGGAUUGGUAACAAUAUCUGCAUCUCUUCUUCUAGACAGACUAUUUUAUGGUAAUUUUGUGUUUGUUCAGAAGAAUUUUAUCGAAUUCAACUUUCUUCGUGAUUUGGGGGCAUUUUACGGAACCCACCCUUGGCAUUGGUACUUCUCACAAGGCUUUCCUGUUGUCAUAGCAACCCAUAUACCAAGCUUUCUUUUGGGUGCCAAGAUAGGCUACAAGAAGAAUAGUCUGCUGUUGUGGGCAGUGUUUUGGACCAUGUGCAUAUACAGCUUUACAAGCCAUAAAGAGUUUCGUUUCAUCCUCCCUAUUGUCCCCAUCUGUAUGCUAUUUUGUGGUCUAUUCAUGGAUGACAUGUAUCGCAGGGGGAAGUCCAAACUCCUUGUACUUUAUCUCCUGUUCAAUGUUCCAGCUAUCAUCUACUUUGGACUAGUCCAUCAGAGGGGAGUGUUGGAUGUAAUGGGGUAUGUCAGGGAGGUAGCAGAAGACUAUUCUACUGGACAGCAGAGAUCUGUCAUGUUUUUGAUGCCUUGCCAUUCCACUCCAUUUUAUAGCCAUGUGCAUACUAAUCUACCAAUGCGCUUUCUGGAAUGCCCACCCAACCUGAACCAAGAAGAGGACUAUGUAGAAGAAUCAUCACUCUUUUAUAAUAAUCCAAUGGAGUGGCUGAGGAAAGAAUAUGAAGACCCUACCUCUGUCCCUACUCAUCUGAUCUGUUUUGAUGUCCUCAGACCAAGCAUUGAAGACUUUCUUUCUUUACAUCAUUUCCAAGAGGUUGCUAGUUACUUUCACACGCACUUACCAGAGGGCAGAAUGGGCAGUCGGGUCCUGGUCUUCGCUAGAGAAGAAGGCCAAUCGCUCCCAGAAAGAUGACAAUAGGAUCCAGCUCUACCCAACUCUUCAAUGCAGUGAUAUGAGCAAGCUAGCUCUCUCAUGGAUCCAAGAAGAAAUCUCCAAUGCAUAAUCAUCAGAAGGAAUUCCAUACCAGAGAAAAAAAGGGCUGCAGCAGUCUGUUCUGAUACCGUGAGAUCUUGAAUGAUACAUGAAAUAUCUUUCUCUUUGAUCAUGUUAUUCCAAAAUACAUAACGCCCAGUGUGGUGUGUGGCCAAUUUAGCUGUAUGCUUUUGAACAUGCCAUAUAUAUUAAUCUGAAA